UCACGAGAGUCCGUGGAAGGUACGUCAAAGUUUAUCUCCUCCCUGAUAAGUCUAAGAGUGGCAAGAGGAAAACCAAAGUCAAGAAGCACACACUCAACCCUGUCUUCGAGGAGGUGCUGAGGUUUAGUACUACAAUGAGUGACCUCGAAUCUCGAACAUUAUGGGUCUCAGUCUGGCAUAGUGACAUGUUUGGCAGGAACGAUUUCCUAGGGGAAGUUGUCAUAUCUUUAGCCGACACUGUGUUUGAUGAUGUCUCUCCCAAGUGGUAUCCUUUACAAGACAGAAUGGAGCCAAUGGAAGACCUUAGUUAUAGUCCACGAGGAGACUUGAUCUUAGCACUGAAGUUUGUUCCACCAGAUGCAGUAACUACCAAGAAGGCCCGUCGCUCUCGAGGUGCUCUCCAUGUAUUAGUGAAAGAAGCCAAGAGCUUAGCUGCAGCAAAACCUCAUGGGACUGCAGACCCUGUCUGCAAAGGGCUUCUUCUUCCUGAGAAGGGAAAAGCCUCCAAGCAGAAGACAAGUGUGUGCCGAAAGACACUAAACCCCACUUGGAAUCAUACAUUAAUGUUUGAAGACACAAGUUUACAAGAGCUAACAGAACGUGCUCUUGAACUGUCAGUGUGGGACCAUGAUCGCCUUGGACCCUCACAAUUUCUUGGGGGUUGCAGGUUAAGCUUGGGGAAGGGUAAGUGAUCCUUUUGUUGAGGC